GGAAAGUAUAUAGCCGCUGUACGUUCCAGACCUCACAUAUCCCGCAUUUGUUAUUGAUAGAGCAAAGAGCAAAGAUGGUAUUCGACGUUCAAGGAAGAAGUGCCGUUAUCACUGGAGGAGCUCAAGGUAUCGGUCUUAGUAUAGCAGUGGAGUUACUUAAAAGUGGAUUAAAGGGAGUUGUUUUAGCAGACAUAGAAAGCCAGCUUGGAAAUGAAGCAAUCACUAAAUUGUCGAAUCAAUUUGGAAGUAACAAAGCAGUAUUCCUAAAAACAGAUGUAACAAAAGCCGAUCAACUAGAAGCUGCCUUUAAACUAGCAGUAUCGACAUUUGGAGCAGUUGAUAUAGUAGUCAACAAUGCCGGUAUGCUCAAAGAUUCUCAAUGGGAGCUAGAAAUUGCAGUUAAUUGUAACGCCGUUGUCCAAGGAUCAUUACUGGGAAUCAAAUAUAUGGGAAAAAAUAAUGGACACAAAGGAGGAGUCAUAGUAAAUGUUGCAUCGAUUUAUGGUUUUCAAGAAGUGGAAGCUGCUCCGGUAUACGGUGCCACCAAACACUUUGUUGUUGGUUUGAACAAAUGCUUUGGUGCAAAAUACUAUUACGAUCUGACAGGUAUUAAAUUUCUAACUAUGUGUCCUGGAAUAACUGAUACAACACUAGUGAACGAAUCAGCAGGAUUUACUUUCCAAGGAUUUCCCAAUUUGGGAAAAAUGUUAAGCGAAGGUUUAGCAUCAAUGCCCCAACAAACGCCAGAAUAUGUUGGACAGGGGACGGUGACUGCCAUUACCAAAGGAGAGCAUGGUAGCAUUUGGGUCUCAGAAGGAAAGGAACCUGCCUACGAACUCGACGUUCCUGAUCGGAGGACAAUGAGAAAGCAUUAAUUGAUAUUUAGGACAUACAUAUACUACCAAAAACGUGAUUCUACAUUUAUUCUAUUGUUGUAAAUAGUUAAUAAACAAUAUAGUUCUUA